AUGGUUCUUUGUUAUAAGAGCCAACUUUCCAAUGUGGGAAAGGAAAAUUACAAACUGACAAAGAGAUUUCAAGUUAAUAAAACUGAAGGAAGUAUUGCUGACCAUUUUUGCCAAAUAUGUGUUUAUAAAGGAAUUUGUAGCGCAGAUGAUGGUGAUUUGAGAGGAGUUAUUAUAUUCUUUGAUAAAAGUACAAAAGCUGUAGAUGUGUAUUCUAGUAUUUCUGAAGAGUAA